CAAAAAAUCAUCAUCAUUCAAACAUAUUGUACACACUCGUAUUUUAGUUUAUCUCUCAUCACCUUAUUUAGGAUCAAUUCUUUGAAAGAAACACACGUGUGUGUUUGUGAUUCGGAUCUUUUUUGAUUUUGAAGCGAUUUUUUCGUACGCUUUAGAAUCUUAUUAGCACGUGGACUUACUUUUGGUUUUCUUUAUCUCUCUAUCCUCUUAUCAUUCUUCACUAAAAAAAAUCCAUCUAUCUCUUUAGCACGUGGACUUUACUUUUUUGCAUUGGUUCAUUUUUUCUUUUUAGUUAGUUUUACAUUAUUAUAUUUAAAAUCGGGAUUUCUUAAUCAUCCGAAUUCCUCUUCCCAAAAAACCCUCAUCAUCAUCAAUAUUUUUCCAAACCUUAAAGCUUUCCAAAACUUUUCAUAUCACAUCAUGCCAAGUUUUUUUACAAGAUCAUUCACGAAUCCGAAUUUACUAAACUUACAUAAAAAACAAAACUCAUUUCAUAAAUACAAACUGAUGAAUGAAAAAGACGAAAAGGUUAUAAAUAUUCAUGAAGAUCAACUGGAUGGUCCAAGUUCGAUUUCAGGAUCAGAAGAAAAUGAAGACCAAGCCGUAAAUCAGGCAAAAUUAAGGUGUCCAGUGAUGGGAUCCAGAGCACAUCAUCCUUAUUUGAAAAGAUCGUUAGGUUCUCCUUGCCCUGGGAUCUCGAUCUUAAUAAACCAUUCAUACCUGAAUCCAAAAGAUUCAAGAGAUCCGAUUCCAUUCUAUAAACUGAUUUAUGCAUUAGUGAAAUGUUUUAAUUUGUCUUGGUUGAAUGCAAUCUUCUUAACAUUCUUUUCAAUCUUCUUGUUUGGUAAAGUUUGGAAUUUGUGUAUUGAUGAUUUAAGUUUACAUGAUUUUAUUGAACAUGAUGCUAGUUUAAGUAGGUUUGAUGAAAAUAAAGGAGAUUAUUCGAAUCCAAGUGAAGAAAGACUUGAGAAAUUUUUAAAACUUUCAUCCUCAUCAACUGAGAAUCAAAAAGAUGAAAAACAUCAAAAGUUCACUUUACGAGAUUUUUCAAGAUCAAGAAGGUUAGCUCAAUACGAAUCUGAAAGAACUAGACCGAUGACUAAACGUGGUAUCUUUGCUGGAAUGGGAGAAGUAGGAUUGAUUCUUUCGAUCUUUGGAAAACAUGCUUCGUUUGAAUUAGGUCAAGAACCAUACAUCAAAAAAGAAUGGAUGAAAACUAUAUAUAUUGAAGAAAGAUUACCAGAUGAAUGGUGUAGACCUUUGAAACCUGUUUCGGUUUUAAAAGUUCAUUGGUUUAUUAAAGCUUUAAAACAAUUGAUGGUUUGAUUUCCAACCUUCAACCUUCGACCUUCAACUUUCGAGAUCAAGAAAAAUGUUCCAUGGGGUUAGAACUGUUUAGUUUAAAUUUCUUGGAUUUUUUUCGGUUUUUGGUCGAUCAAGUUGAAACGAUUACAUUAAAUCUCUUUCAAGUUUUUUUAUAUAUGACUUAUUGUACAUUAUUUUCGAGUUUCGGUUUUAUUGAUUGAUUGAUAUCUUAUGAUUAUCAUCAUCAUCAUCAUCAUUAUCUGAAGAAUGGAUUUCUUUCUCUUUCUCUUAGUUUGGUUUGAUAAAAAAGACAAUUGACAAUUUAUUUGACGUUUUGUUCUAGUUUCUUUUUAACACCUUUUUUUAGUUUUUCUUAAGAUUUCAGUCUUGAUUAGACUUUUGUUUUUAUUCUAUAUUAUAUUACUGACAGUGACAUCAGACAAUUUUUACUGCUUCAAGAUUUUCAUUUUUUUGAAUGACUUUCUUUGUAAUUGUAUUCUUUUAAAGACAAUGAGAUUUGUUAUACUUUUUUUAUUGACUUUGAUUAUUGGUUGAUCAUGGACAAAUUCUGUUUUUUUUUGAAAUCAUUAUUUUUUUAUGGGUGUUUCUUUUAUAUGUUGAUCAUGGACAAACUUGAUUGUUUGAAAAUAUCUUUCUUAAAUUGUUUUUUUUAUUUGAUCAUGGACAAACUUGAUUGUUUGAAAAUAUCUUUCUUAAAUCGGUUUUUUAUUAUGUUUCCUUGUGAAGAAAUCAUCAAAAAGGUUUGAUAUAUACUUUGGAUUCUUUUAGUUAUUCUUUGGUAAUUGUUAUCAGUUUCUUUAAAGACAAUGAGCUUUGUUAUACUUUUUUUUGCUUUUUUUGAUCUUUGACCUUUGAUUAUCGGUUUUUCUUUUAUAUGUUGAUCAUGGACAAACUUGAUUGUUUGAAAAUAUCUCUCUUAAAUUGGUUUUGAUUGUAUGUUUCCUCUUGAAGGAAUCACUAAAAAGAUGUUUGAUAUAUACUUGGCUUUCUUUUAAUCACUAUUUUGUAAUUGUUAUCAGUUUCUUUAAAGACAAUGAGCUUGGUUAUACUUUUUUUUUUUGCUUUUUUUGAUUUUUGACCUUUGAUUAUUGGUUUUUCUAUUAUAUGUUGAUCGUGGACAAACUUGAUUGUUUGAACAUAUCUUUCUUAAAUUGGUUUUUUAUUGUCCUCUGGAAGGAAAUCAUUAAGAAUCUUUUGAUAU